AUGGCUUUGGCGGAUCCCGAGUGUGGAAUAUCAAACGGCGCGGAUUCCGUCUCCCCGUUUUCUGACAUUAUUGAACUAAAUGUGGGAGGACAAGUGUAUGUGACACGGCACACGACUUUAAUAGCCGUACCGGAUUCUCUUCUGUGGGACAUGUUUAGUAGGAAAACACCGACAGAGCUGGCACGGGACAGCAAAGGUCGCUUCUUUCUGGACAGGGACGGCUUUCUUUUCCGAUACAUUUUAGACUACCUACGGGAUUUAAAUCUGGUUUUGCCUGACUAUUUUCCAGAGAAGAGCAGAUUACAGCGGGAGGCUGAGUUUUUUCAGCUGCGGGACCUGUCCAAGCUCUUGAGUCCCAAUAUGAGUAAAGACAACUCCAUCACCGAUGAGAUCUGCCAGAGUGACUCGGAGGAACCGAGCGCGCCUCCGCUUCUGGGACCCGACGCCUCGCGCACAGUGUCCGUCGCUGUCACCACUCACUCGCCCUCCCUCGAGUCCAAAAAGUCGGGCUACAUCACAGUCGGUUACCGGGGCUCAUACACAAUCGGAAGAGACAUUCAGACAGACGCCAAAUUCAGGCGAGUCGCGAGGAUCACGGUGUGCGGGAAGACCUCUUUGGCUAAGGAGGUGUUUGGAGACACUUUGAACGAGAGCAGAGACCCGGACCGUCCUCCGGAGAGGUACACAUCGCGCUAUUAUCUGAAAUACAAUUUUCUCGAGCAGGCGUUUGACAAACUGUCAGAGUUUGGCUUCCAUAUGGUCGCGUGCAGCUCCACUGGCACGUGCGCUUACUCUAGCAACGACCCAAACGAGGACAAAACCUGGACAAGCUACACAGAGUAUGUUUUCUGUCGAGAAUAAGCCAAAAUGUGUCGCAUUUAAGCGUGUACAGUAUAUAGGCAUUCCACUACAAGAGUAAAGUUUCAUCCGUGCUGGAGAGGUGUAGCCUAUUGAAGUUAUUCUUAUUCAUAAAUUUCUAGUUGUGUGCCUAAUAAAAUUGGCUGUUUACUCCGAGACUUUUUAAAUAGCCUACUACAUGUAUUACUAGUAUUAACACACGCAGAUUAACUAGCUAUCAUUGCACUUCUCUUCAUAGCUUCGGUUUGUUUGCAGAUAAAGUCAUAUUUAGAUUUGAGGGCCUGUUUGUAAAAAGUCCCAGAUGUGUUUUGUAUUUGCAUGCAUUUUAAUAAAUAGUUUUCUUCACGGAUCAAUGAUUUAACGGACGAUUCGACUUGGAGGAAAUAUAAAGUC